ACCUAAGGCGCGGGAGAGCUACAGGUCCAUCGCCUCCAGCCUGCUCUUCAACCUCAAGGACAACAGGAAGAGGGUCAAGGCCCGAUACAGCCCACCCCGGUUCAGGCCCACCGACCCCGUUGACCCCAGCAAGCUGUGGAAGGACCUCUCGGACGCGGAGACGGGCACGCCAGUGCUCGUGGUGACAGACGGCACGGCCUCAGUGAUGAGCCCGGUGCUGGAGUCCACCAGCGCUUUGGCUUUGCCAGGGAACCAGCAGGCGGAAAGCUGGUCCGAGGGUGCGAUGCGGGGCAGGGGAGAGCUGGCGGGAGAGGGCGCUUGGGGGAGAGACCAGCUGUCCGUCCCCUGGCGGGCAGCGCUCAGGGAGGCUCCCCGCACUCGGGGGCUCAGAGCAGAAGCCCUGGAUACCCGAGUCUGAACCUCUACAGGAGGGCCAACACUGAGGCAGACGACGUCCACCCCACGCAACACGCCGCCAAGGUUACCAUGGAGACACAGGAGGGCAGGGCCUGCGAUGCAGGACAGAGCAAUCUGCCAAUCAGGAAAGAGAGAGAGCCCCCCAAGAAAUCUGUCAAGGAGAGAGUGAAAGAGCUGCAAGGUCAGAACAGCGUGGCAGAGACGCAAGCGAGUGUGAAUAAGAAGAGAAGCAACGACCGGUCACCUGUGAGUCCCCUUGACAGAGGCGCUGCUGCACACAGAGGAGGAGACAGAGAGACAUUAAAGGAAAGAGCUCCAGAUGUGCCAGCGAAACCAUCAGCUAUGCCCAAACAGCCAACACCUCCAGAUGUGCCAGCGAAACCAUCAGCUAUGCCCAAACAGCCAACACCUCCAGAUGUGCCAGCGAAACCAUCAGCUAUGCCCAAACAGCCAACACCUCCAGAUGUGCCAGCGAAACCAUCAGCUCCUGCUGUUCCAGCGCGCGUAAAACACCCGGCGAAGAGGGAGCAGGAUUCGGCAGCAGCUGCAGCGUCAGCGCUGACCAGCACGAGAGAGACAGACGCCAGCACGAGAGAGACAGACGCCAGCAGCGAGGCUAAACACGCCUUCUCCGCGCGGCAGAACAACUACAUCAAGAGCCAGAGGAGCGCCUUCCUGGAGGAGGAGGAGUGCGGGGACUGGGACGAGCUGCAGGAGGUGGCUCUGCUGAAGCAGAUGAAAGUGGAGCUUCAGACUCGACAGGGGCACCAGGAGGCCGAGAGCAUGAAGGACGCAGCACUUUGCGGGGCGCACUCCAAGCACUUUGCGGGGCGCACUCCAAGCGAGCAGCUGCCCCGGAUGGACAUACCAGAGCCAAACGAGAGCUCCAGGGCUAAAAAUACACCAGCCGUAACCAGUGAGGAGCAGGAGGGUCUCGAGCAACAUGACAUAGUUUUGCCAGCGCCUGAGAGACGCGCCCGAAAGGGCGUCCUGUCCCUCAGGGGAAAUACCCAAGCCAAGCGAGACCUGUUCGACCAGCUGGACCAGAUGCAGAUCGAGCCGCUGAGCACACACACCAAGAAGGAGAGCGCUCCGGUCCACAAGUACGACCUGGCCACCAUGGCGCUGGAGGAGCUCAUUGCCGAGAGGGAGGAGAGGAAACGGAAAGGUCAGGGGUCAUCUACCGAGCAGCACGCACAGAGGCCGGCACCGGAACACCGGAACACACCAGCACCGGAACACCGGAACACACUAGCAUCGGAACACCGGAACACACUAGCAACAGAACACCGGAACACACUAGCAACAGAACACAAGCAGCGUGGAGGCAGAGGGCACGUUCAGGAGAGCAGAACCGUGCCAGCCGAGCAGAGACACAGAGAAACCAACAGAGCUCCGAGAACCAGAGGCCAGAACACUGAUGAUCCCGUGGUCAAGAGUGGAGGCCAGACUCUGCGCUCCGUACAGCAGGGCGACACCGCACAGGUCCCAGCUGGUCAAGGGAGAUUAGCGGAGGCUGCUCAUCAGCACUCCGUCCAGCAGACCAAACAGAACAGAGAGGGAGAGGCAGGUGAGAGAGGACAGGGGAGAGGGGGCGGGUCCAGCACAGAUAACACAAACCCUGAUUGGACAGGACAGGGCUCAGAGAGGGUGAAGAGGCAGGACGGCUCAGAGAGAGAUGGCAGAAGAGAGAGGACUAGUAGGGAACACAGGGCACAGAGAUCGAGAACGCCCCCUGCUGUUCCUCCUAGGAAAGGCAAGCCCGGCAUGAGAGAUGAGGAUAAAGCAGAUGCUGAGAGGUCUGCAGAGGAUGAGUCCAUCACCAAGGCUGAAGGAAGGGAUCGAGUGCACGUCGACAGGGAGAGAGAGCAGAGGGCAGAUACACAAAACAAGGAAGCCCAGUUAGCAACUAGCACAGAUAAAAAACAAUUAACAGAUAGCACUGAUAACAAACAGUUAGCAACUAGCACAGAUAACAAACAGUUAGCAACUAGUACAGAUAACAAACAGUUAGCUUCUAACACAGAUAACAAGCAGUUAUCUGCUAACACAGAUAGCAAACAGUUAGCUACUAACACAAAUAACAAACAGUUAGCAAUUAGCAAUGAUAACAAACAGUUAGCAGUUAGCAACCAGGAGUCCAGCACCAGGACAAAAACAGCCACCCACACAGAGUCCCAGAGAGCUGAAAAACACACAGAUAACCAGCUUAAAUCAGAAGUCUUCUCAGGGACUGCAGAACCCAACUCAAAGCACUCAGCCCAGAUCUACACCGCUAAGGUGAAAGGAUUUCCUGAUCCUACAAUGACGUAUGCAGCAAAGAGUGAGGCAGCGCAGAGGAGAGAGGAGGGGAACGGAACGGUGACAGAGGAAGUGAGAGACAGAAACACAGAUACUGAUCAGAAGGAGAGAAAACAGAAUGAUAGAGACAGCUCAGCUCAGAAUGAUAGAGACAGCUCAGCUCAGAAUGAUAGAGACAGCUCAGCUCAGAAUGGUCAGAGAGCAAAGCAGAGCAGGAGCUACGCAAGAGACUUCUUAAGUCUGUUGGGGCUGUCAGGUGAAGAGAAGGCCCCCGCUGGUGAAGUCAGCAGCAAGCCUAAACCAGCGCCCCCAGCGUCCCACGACACAGACGCUCCUGCAGUGGACAGCGUCACGAUUCACGACAUCCUGAAGCUCAGAUCCCCCACGUUCAGCCCACUGCAGACCCCGGGGACGUCCCCCUCCCUACACGGCGACGGCUCGUCCCACAGACCCAAGGAGAACUCUGGGAAGACAGACGGGGAUUCCCGCGCCUUCAGCAACCCAGGAAGUGAAUCAGACGCCUCCGAACGCCUGAUGUCUCCCCUCAGCGACAUGGACAAGGGCGGCUGGGUCCGCAGCCUGAUCGAGCAGGCCCAGACCCUCACCCCCAAGGACCUGACCCCCAGCCAGUCCAACGCCUCCUCCCCGACCCCUGGCAAGUCCAACGCGUCCUCCCCGACCCCUGGCAAGCCCGUGCUGUUCAAGGUCAAGGACAACACGUUCGCCACCUCCCCCGUCACCAAGACAGUGCGGCCCAUCCUGCACAGGGCUCUACAGGAUGUGAUGGCGCAGCCCUGGUCCCCUCGGGAGAGCCUGAGUGGGUCGGAACGGGGCGAAGAUCGGGGUUCCGAGCGGGGUUCCGAGCGGGGUUCCGAGAGGGGCGAGGAGGAGUCGGAAGCCCCCAGAGCUCCGCAGGGAAUUCCCAUCCUGGUGGAGGUGGCCAGCUCUCCGCUGCCUGAGGACUCCACACCUGCAGUUGGCGCUGCCUCUGCCGCUCCGGCCGCCUCGCCUUCCCAGCAGCCUCGAGGGCAGAUGCUGACGGUGCCGGAGGAAGAGGGAGGGCGGAGCUCCGUGUCCAGCGAGAUCUCAAGUGCCCAAUCAGAGGGCCUGAAGAGCUACACCAGCGCAGGGGACCAAUCAGAGGGCCUGAAGAGCUACACCAGCGCAGGGGACACCUGGGGUGAGGAGGGGGUGCUAAGCGCCCAAUCAGAAGGCCUGAAGAGCUACACCAGCGCAGGGGACACCUGGGGUGAGGAGGGGGUGCUAAGUGCGGCUCAGGCUGACGAUACCGAGGGUUCUAAAGCCCCCAGCGAGCACUCUGGUUCUGUCUGUAGUGGCACCGAGGGCAAGAAGCCCCCGCCGGCCGUUCUGCCCAAAACAGAGAAGGCGCUUCGGCGAGCCAUGAAGCUGACCACGCGCCGCAUCCAGAAGGCCGAGGGGAAGAGCAACAGAGUGGACCGCAAGCAUGGCGGGGAGAGAGCAGAACCCGACCAGAAGAACCGCAGGGGAGGGAACCCAGACCUCAAGCAGGAGAACCGGAGCAAAAAGCAUCCAGAGACAGAACAGAGGAACCGGCCCAGAGAGAGAAGGGAGUCAGAGCCGAACCACAGCAGCACAGAGAAAUACACUUCACAACCCAGCGGUCGCCACAGCAACACAGAGAAACACACUUCAGAACCCAGCGGUGCCACAGCAACACAGAGAAACACACUUCAGAACCAAAAGUCGGUCAUGCGGCAACACAGAGAAACACACUUCACAGCCCAGUGGUCACCACAGCAACACAGAGAAACACACUUCAGAACCCAGCGGUCGCCACAGCAACACAGAGAAACACACUUCAGAACCCAGCGGUCGCCACAGCAACACAGAGAAACACACUUCAGAACCAAGCGGUCGCCACGGCAACACAGAGAAACACACUUCACAGCCCAGUGGUCACCACAGCAACACAGAGAAACACACUUCAGAACCCAGCAGUCGCCACAGCAACGCGCACUCGAACCACACCAGUCAGCAUGGUGACCGUGAAGGCAGGAGCAGCGCCAAACAUGCACGCCUCAAACACAUGAGCCAAAGCACAGACCGGCACAUUGGUAACCAUAGAGACCUGAGGAGCAGUGGUAGCGGGAGGGGCUCGUCUGAGCGCGCUCCUGAGCAUCAUCAGCAGGUGUACGUGAGGGAGAGUCCCAAUGGCAGCAGUAACCGUGGCGACCGCAGGAGUCGGAGUCUGGAGAGAGACGUGUCCGUGCAGCCCGAGGGACCGCCACAGCGUUGGGACAGACCCCACCCCAGCCCCUCCCGACGGCCCUCCCUAAACGGCUUCCUGCCACGCCAAAACAGCUCUGAGCGACGCA